AUGACGGACGAUCUUGUUAGCACUAUGGCCUCAACAUUUGAUGCUGAAAAUAUGGAGUUCGUUCUUCAGGCUCGUUCAGAUAUCCGGGUGACAGAAGAAGUUCUGGAAUCCGGGGCACAUAAUCGGUUCGGGCUAUCAGUCUUUAAAUUAUUGUGGGAUCGUCGCGAUCCGGGCACAUCUAUCACAAACAAAGUUCUUUGUGUCGCCGCGGGCAACAGGACAAGUCCAGAUAUCUUGCAAUUUGUGAUUGACAAACUUGAGCCUGGGACCAAUAUUGAUGAAGAGGUUCUUGGUUGGGCGCAUCAUAACGAUCGCAGCGGAUUGGCCAUGUUCCAAAUCAUUCUCGGCAGCCCGGUGGUUACGGUCGACAUAUCUGAAAAUUUGAUCACCCGUACCCUCUUCAAACCGAACAAUACAUUGGAAAUUCUUGAAUUGCUCGUGGACUACUCCGCAUCACAAUUCUCUGUCACUGAGGCUAUGGUGGGGAUUGCAGCCCAGCACGAGUUUGACGCAUUUUCGUUGCUUAAUUACUUGAAUAAAUUGCACAAUACCCCUAUCCCUGUCACAUCUGACGCGAUGCUGAACGCCAUAAACUCCGGAUCAAACGGAUUGGAGAUUUUACUGGAUAACUAUCAGGGUCCGAUUCCAGAGGAAGUCUGGGUCUCAGCCGCUCUCGAAGACGAAGAUAGAUUCCUUCGUAUCCUUCUAGAUAGGAACAGCGAAUUUGUUCCUCUCAGUCGUAUACUCGCGGAAUUCAUGGACCGUGAACCUCCCCCUACUAUCUUGAAAUUGCUCCUUGACAGAAAGCUCGUGAAGGCUGAUGAGACACUUCUUGAGGCCGUCGCUGGAGGCUUUGAAGCAGUGUCAGCUUUAUUCACUUAUGACCCGAGCAUCAGAGUUACAUACCCGGCGUUGACACGUGCAGCUGUCGAUCCUCGAUCAAUGCGGCUCCUUCUAGACAAAGACAACUGCAAGUCCCCGAUCACAGAGGACAUCAUCAUACGCACGACGGAAGGCAAUAGGUGUCAAGAGACCAUUGAAUCCAUCAUUCGCCGGAGGGGGCCCGUUCCUAUCACACAGAAGGUAUUUGAAGCAGCAUUGAGUAAUGGUACAGCAGAGUCGCUUCCCUGGCUAUUGGAACAGCGCCCAGACCUCAACCUUUCUCCCAGAGAGGUUUUUGAAGGUAUUUGGCGUAGCAGAGAAGUUUCAGUCGACAUUAAGUUGCAAGCGGUAGAAGGUUUAAUGUGGCUCGAAGGCGAACCCGACGCUUUGCUUGGAGGAAGUCUGUUGGCAUCGGUGAUAGAACUUCAUCCCUACGACAGCAAGGCCAAGGAGAAUUAUGGACUUCGUGAGAUUGUGGAAAUCUUUUUCGUGGAUGAAGGUGGAAAGGUCCCCGCUUCUGAUAUUCAGCGUGUGGCAGAAAUAAUUGUCGAGCGAGGUGAUAAUGAGACAGUACGGAGAUUCCUUGAGGCAGGAUUUUUGGAAUCUAUCGCAGAGCGCCUCGUGCAAGCAGCGGAGCAGAAUAACACACCCAUGAAAGAUGACCUCAUUCGAGCUGCUGAGAAAAACGUGAUCGCUGAUCGGGGGCCACUCAUCUCGCUGCUGUCCACAUUGCAGUCGAGCUGA